GCGUCGCGCAAGCGCUCGGGGAGAGGUGUUUGCAGUGCGGGCGAAGCUGCUGCAGUCGAAGACAUGGCGAAAGAUAUGGCGUCGCGGAAAGCGGUUUGCAUUCUGCUUCGCGACCCCAACUGCAAGGCCAACGUCAGCGGCGUCGUUUACUUUGAGCAAAAAGAUGAUGGAAAAGUAAUUGUUAAAGGAAAAAUUGAAGGAUUGACUCCAGGGAAACAUGGUUUCCACAUCCAUGAAUUUGGAGAUAACACAACUGGAUGUACCAGUGCAGGUCCUCACUUCAAUCCUGAGGGGAAAACUCACGGUGGGCCACAGGAUGAAAUAAGGCAUGUUGGUGAUCUUGGAAAUGUAAUUGCAAAUGAGUCAGGUGUUGCAGAGGUGUCAAUGGAGGACCAGUGUAUUUCUCUCUCAGGACCACAUUCAAUUAUUGGACGUUCUUUGGUGGUUCAUGAAAAGGAGGAUGACCUGGGUAGAGGAGGAAAUGAAGAGAGCUUGAAAACUGGAAAUGCUGGUCCUCGUCUAGCUUGUGGAGUAGUUGGCCUAGCUAAAGCAUAAAGUACUUCUAUGAGUGACAAUGAAUAGAAGAAGCAGUACAGUAUGUGGAAUAUAAAUGUGUUUGUAGAAUUGCCCGUUAAUGGGCUUUGUUAUGGUUUAAAAAAGAAUAUUAUGGUUGUAUUAAAUGGAAUUUAAGCUGGCAAGUCUUGUUUUUCCCUUACCUUUUUAUCUGUUAUUAAAGUGCUGUAAAACACAAA